AUGCCGCGAGCAAACGACUGGGACAGCUACGAAGAGGACGAGUGGUAUUCCAACACCACGAGGGACCAUCUCACUGCGCACACUCGUCAUGUUCAUCCCCCAGCGCCUAGACCUCCUCCACGGAGAACUCAAGAUGACGAACUUUAUCGUCCCGACUAUGGUCGCCGCACGACCGAGUUUCUGGCCCCAGAAGUGCACUUCACCACCGGUCUCCAUAGGACUCGCUCACAAGGUCACGCGCCCGCUCCCAAUGUGACUAUCUACAACACCAGUCACUUGGACAACGAUAGCCAUCCACAAAUGCGCACUGAGCAGAAGGGCCAAGAGACCAGUCCUCGUGGUCGACGCGAACGGAAGAUUCCUGGUGCGUUUGAGGAUUUGGAAGAUGAGAUCGCUGGGCUGAGGGCAGAUCUAAAGAAGGAGCACCGUUCGCGCUCUAGGCACGAGUACCAUGAACGCCAGCGCUCACCCGAGCCAAACUAUGCAGACAAGAUUCAGUUGACACUUGCUCAGCAACGUCUCAAAGAUCUUGAAGAUAAACUUGAGAGGGAGCGACAAGAGCGACACCAUCAUCACUCGCCGGACCGCAGCUACGAGGACAAGAUGAAACUGGCACUCUCGCAACAGCGACUGCGAGACGCUGAAAAAGAACUCGAGAGAGAGAGACGUCAUCACUCGCCGGACCAUGGCUACGAGGACAAAGUGAACCUAGCACUCUCGCAGCAGCGUCUCCGAGAAGCUGAAGAGAAACUCGAAAGGGAACGACGAGAGGAGGAGAUGGAGAGACGGGAGGAACUGGUAAGGCGCAGGGUGCAGCUCGACUUCAUCCAUGAUAGAAGAGAACAUGAGGCAGAAGAAGAAAGAAUCAAAAGGCUAGAAGAGAGUAUGCGUCGUGACUGGGAGUUGAAGCGGGAGAAGGAAGAGCGUGAUCGCGAACGACGCGAAAUCGAAGAAGAGAAGAAGCGUGCUUCUAUCAUCGCCGAGAACAGGGCGAAGAUGUCUAGAGAGCAGAGGGAUGCCGAGGAACAGCGUGACAAGCUCCUAGCCAAGUUAGAAAGGGAGCAGAGAGAACAGGAUGAGGAACGCAAGCGAAUCCUUGCUGAGAGCAAACUAAAGCAAGCGAGAGAGCAACAUCAGGCCGAAGAGCAACGCGAGAAGCUCUUAGCCAAAAUAGAGAGGGAGCAGAGAGAACAGGAUGAUGAGCGCAAGCGAAUCCUUGCCGAGAGCAAGUUGAAGCAAGCCAGAGAGCAACGAGAGGCUGAGGAACAACGUGAGAAGAUUUUAGCUGAUAUGGAAAAGAAAAAAAGGCGGGAGCAAGAAGAACGCCAGCGCAUCAUUGACGAGAACACUGCCAAACUUGAGAAGGAAGCGCGUGAGCGUGAACUCAAGGAAAAGGCUAUGGAAGAAGAGCGCAAGCGCAUCAUCGCUGAGAACGAAGCCAAGGUAGCUAAACAGGCUCAAGAGGCAAAGGAAGCUCAACAACGUGCUAUCGAAGACUAUGAGCGAAAGAAGGCCAAAGAAGAGGCCGAAGCUCAAGCAGAGCAUAAUCGCAUCAUCUUCGAGUACGAGCGCAAGAAGGUCUUGGAUGCCGAGAAGGAAAAGAGGGCACGGGACGAGCUCAUGAUGAAGAUCCGGCUCGAGGAAGAAGAGAAGAAGCGCAAGGACAAAGAAGAGUAUGAAGCCUUCAUGCGAAAGCAGAAAGCGCAGGAAGAAGAAGAGAAGAGGAAGAAAGAGGAACAAGAGAAGGAACUUGAGGAGACAAUGCGCAAGAGGCUCGCUCAAUUUGGCUUCCAGGACAACCAAAUCCAGGCGCUGGUCAACCCUGAGAAACAGAGGGAGCUACAGGCAGGCAUGAUGCCUAACCAUCCAAUACAUCAAAUCGCCCCUCCGCCUCCGCCUCCACAGCAUCACCAUCAUCACCAAAUCGCGAUUGCGCCUCCGCCUACAUACGCCAAGAUCCACAGGAGCCAUCUCGAUGUUGAGACGCUGCAUUACUAUGAUAUCCCAUAUGAAUACGAUGUGAACCCUGAAUACAUCAUCGUCCUCCGUGAAAUGUCUCAACGCGAGACUGACAUCCUCUUCGAACAUACUCGUCGUCUACGCACUGGACAUGGUAGCAAGCUGUUCAUAGAAUCAGAGGGUCGCGAUAGUAGGGGUAAGAAGGAAUAUGCUUUUGUGAGGAAGAAGUCUAGGUCUCGCUCCAGGAGCGUUGUUGGGGCUUCUUCGUCGAGGGCAAAUGUCAGCUUGGGGGAGAUGUUCUUCAGAUAA